CUCGUUUUGUGCCACGUGACCAAACACGGAAGUAAUGUCUCGCCUCGUACGGAUGCGCUGAAGUCUUAAAAGGAAUUUCGAUAGAAGGAAUUUUUGUUUGCUAUUUGAAACAUUUUGGGAAAGUUAAUCGAUUGAUUUGGACUGGGAACAUGACCCAAGCAGAGAAAGAGCAAGAUAAUGGAAAGGAAAAAGAAAAAGAGCGCGACAAAGAGAAGGAGAGGGAGCAAAGAGGAGUGAAAAGACCCAUUGCUCCACCGACCAUCCCCGAGCCCCUCCAGGAGCAAAUACAGAGCAACUUUGUAAUCGUCAUCCAUCCUGGAUCGAGGACGCUGCGUAUUGGGCGAGCGACGGACAACCUUCCGCUCACUAUUCCACACGUGAUAGCACGUCGCCACAAACAAAGUGGCCAGUCCCGAUACGAAGAUGCCUGGCUGCUCAGGGACGGUCUAAAUAAACCUGAGAGUAAUGAGCAGAGACAAAAUGGGCUUAAAAUGGUUGACCAGGCCAUUUGGUCAAAGAAGAUGUCCAAUGGCGUGAGGAGGACACCAGUGUCUUCUGAGCAGGCAAGAGCAUACAACUGUCAGAUCCGUCCAGCCGUGCUAGACAGCAACUCUCGGGUAAAGUGGACCAACACAUCUCACCACCCGCCUUAUUUAAUAGGAGAGGAGGCCGUGUACGUGAAACCGACAGACUCUUAUGACAUCCACUGGCCCGUAGUUCGAGGUCAGCUCAACGUGCACGCCGGCCCUGGAGGCUCACUAACUGCUGUCCUGGCUGACCUUGAGACCAUCUGGAGUCAUGUUAUUCAGAAGAACUUGGAGAUCCCGCUCAAAGACCUAAAGUAUUACAGAUGCAUCCUUUUGGUUCCCGACAUCUACAACAGGCAGCAUGCCAAGGAACUGGUCUCCAUGCUCCUGCUUAAUAUGGGCUUCUCAGCAAUCAUAGUUCACCAGGAGUCAGUGUGUGCGACAUUUGGCAGUGGGUUGAGCAGCGCUUGUGUCGUAGACGUUGGAGACCAGAAGACCAGUCUCUGCUGUGUAGAGGACGGAGUUUCCCAUCGGAACUCCAGGUUGUCUUUGGCGUAUGGUGGUGCAGAUGUGACCCGCAUUUUAUUCUGGCUCCUGCAGAGGGCAGGAUUUCCCUACAGAGACUGUCAGUUGUCCAACAGAUUGGACUGUCAGCUACUACAACAUAUAAAGGAGACACUCUGCCAUUUGGACCAGGACAUAUCUGGACUUCGAGAUCAUGAAUUCCAAACCCGUUUCCCAGAUGCCCCAGCUUUUCUCUUCCAGGUUCGCUUAGGCGAUGAAAAAUUACAGGCGCCCAUGGGACUGUUCUACCCCAGCACGUUUGGUAUCGUCGGUCAGAAGAUGACAUCGCUACAGUUUCGUUCUCAAGGUGACUCAGAAGACCCUCAUGAUGAACUUUAUUUAUUGGCCACGCACAGCAAACAAGACCAGUCUUCCAAGAAUGCUUCGGACCGCAAGGUGCUCUCAAGACAAGGCGGCGCUUUGGAUGGCGACGCGAGUGGUCAAGGAGGCAUUGGUGAGUUGUCAGAACUGCCCAGGAGCAGCGGCGGCAGUGGAGGAAUGCAGGCUGAGACGGAUGUUGGAGCCGCCCAAGGAGAGUGCCUGAUGGGAGUGGGGGAGGCGGAGGAGGCCCUCUCCACACAUCUCUCCAGGAAGACUGCAAUCAUGAACCAGUUUGAGGGCAAAGCUCUCGGCCUGGAUAAAGCCAUACUGCAUAGCAUCGACUGUUGUGCCUCGGACGAGACCAAGCGAAAGAUGUACAGCUCCAUCCUGGUGGUGGGUGGAGGCCUCAUGUUUCAUGGCGCUCAGGAGUUUCUACUUCACCGCAUCAUCAACAAGAUGCCACCGUCCUUCAGAAGGCUUGUGGACAAUGUGGAAGUCAUCACAAGGCCAAAAGAUAUGGACCCUAGACUGAUAUCAUGGAAGGGGGGAGCUGUGCUGGCUUGUCUGGACACAACACAAGAAAUGUGGAUCCACCAGAGAGAGUGGCAGCGGUUUGGUGUUCGAAUGUUACGUGAGCGGGCUGCUUUUGUCUGGUGAAAGUCAUCGAAACAGACUGGUGGAAAUCUAAGGACAAGACCCAAAAAUAUUUCAGACAAAAUUAAAGUAAGUGCCGUUGUACAUUAUCAGUCAGGCAUUCGGACUAUUUAUCAAGUGCCUCCUUUUGAAUAAUGUGGGGAAAAAUGAUAACUGGAAUCCUAACUACAAUCAUUUAAUUGACGUCGGAAAACCAAUAGAGGUCUUGCUUUGAUAUUGAUGAAGGGUCUUUGAAUUUUGAGUUGGAUUUUGUGCAGAAAACUCCUAAAAGCUUCAUAGGUGUCACUAACCUUAUUGAGAUCUACUUUCAUGUCGCCAUGAAGUCACCACUCAAGUUUGUCACCUCGUGACUGCAACAUUCUUUUUCUAACUGCAUAGUGUAAUUCUCAAACUAGAAUAAAAAUAUGGCAAUACUGUA